AUGAGCUGCACUUAUACAUACCCUCCUGGAUAUAAGAUCGAGAAAGCGUUCUGGUUCAAAAACCCUGUAAAGGAUGUAGAGCCUCCAGAUCUUUCUAAGGACCCUGAAUACAGUCAGAGGUUUCAGUAUCUGGGAGAUAAACAGAAGAGCUGCACCAUGAGACUGAGUCAUGUGACACAGAAAGAUGAACACAAGUACUAUUUCAGAUUCAUCACUGAUAAACCUGAUGGAAAAUGGACUGGUGAACCAGGAGUGACUCUUACUGUGACAGAUCUUCAGGUGGAGUCUCCUGAGAGAGUGACAGAGGGAGAUUCAGUCCGUCUGACAUGUAAAAGCAGCUGCGCUCUGACUGACAGAGCAACAUUCAUCUGGUACAGAAACUCACAGCCAUUAACUGAGAGAAGAGACAGAAACAAUAUACUCCUGCUGCAGUCAGUCAGAAGAGAGGAUGCAGGCAGAUAUAGCUGUGAUGUACAAGAACACAAUCACUAUCUCAGAUCACCUGAGGUUUAUCUCAAUGUCACGUAUCCAUCUAAGAACGUCUCGAUGUUCAUAAAUGGAUCUGGUGAAGCUGUUUCUGUCACUGUUAAAGAACAUCUGGUGAUACUGUAUAUAUCCAUUGGAGCAGUUUGUGGAGCUGCAGUUAUCAUCAUAACGGUGCUGAUUUGGAUCAGAAUGAAAAAGAGAAAAGGCACACUCAAAACCCAGGAUUCGUCAAUGAUGGAUCCUUCUAGAAAUGAUUACAAUAGUUAUACAGCAUCUGAAGUGGAGUCCUCUGAACCGGUGUAUGCGAAUGUAACGAAUGCCCUUGAUGCUUGUAAUAUUGAGAUGAAUGAACCUGCGUAUGGGAAUAUAAUGCGUGACAGACUGUAGUGUUUGGGAAACAUGGUAAAACAUUUUAUAGCUUUCUUUCAUGUCUGUGGGUGGAUCCCUGCUUAUAUUAAAAUAAUAGUUCACCCACAAAGGAAAAUUUACCCCAUGAUUAAUUCACCCCCAAACCAGGUGUAUAUGACUUUCAGAUGAAUAUAAUAAGAUUUAUUUUAAACUAUCCUGGCUCUUCCAAGCUUCACGAUUGCAGUAAUCAAUAAAGUGGUGAUCCGUAUAACCUUAUUUAAAUAUUUAAAAACAAGUGGGACUCAUUUUAGCCCAGGUGUUUCAUCAGACAGGCAAGGCCUAUUUUUGGGUGGCUUCUUGUCCAAGCAUUUGUAUUUCAUUAAUGAGGUUCGUGUUUACGCUCAUUUUCUUGUAUAUUUUCGUCCUCUCUAUUUAACAGCUUUAACUUACAAUGAAAGACGUCUUCCCUCAGGUACAUUAAAUGCUUUCCUGCCUAUAUUUACGUGUUAAGGUCAAGCCCCGCCGUAAAAAUGAUAUGAACUGUCGUUAUCAAAUCAAAAUGCAUGUUUAUUUGACUUUUUUUUACAUCGAUCUCACAGUAAUUUGUACAUAUUUAACUCGCCGUAAUUCAUAACAACACCCCUUACAGAAAACAAGCAAAAUCAUGAUUUAUAGUCCAUGAACACAUGGGAUGGCUUGGGGUUGAGUGGAUCUCGGGCUGAGGGCGAUCCCUUUAAAUCAUGUAGGUGUUGGUUUUAUCCAGAACG